CUUCUUAUUGCGGGAAGCAGCGCGGCAGCCUCUUUAUAUCCUCCAACUCACUAGAUCUCGCCUUUAAGAAUCCCUUGGUUCCUUCCUUUUAAAUCUCCCACUACUUCCUCACUCAAAACUCCCUCCUUGUCUUUGCUCUUGUCCAGAAUCGGUCCGCGACGCCGGAUUUACCCAAAAGGUGGGAUUUUGAUCGCGAUUUCAGUGUGGUGUAGGUAAUGGCGCCGCUGUUCACUUGGUGGGACACCGAGGCCCAAAGGGGGACGCCGGUGAUCGUCAAGAUGGAAAAUCCUAACUGGUCCAUCUCUGAGAUUUCCUCCCUUGACGACGAGGAGUACCAGUUCCCCGCUGUGGCUCCACGGAAGAAGGGCGCCCGGGGGAAGAACGCGAAGCAGGUCACCUGGGUACUCCUUCUUAAGGCCCACCGAGCCGCGGGCUGCCUCACCGAGCUCGCCUCUGCCGUCGUGGGGCUCGCGUCCGUAGUGCGUCGCCGCGUCGCGUCCGGCCGAACGGACUCUGAAGCCCUCGCCUCCCCGCCGGAGGAAAACCCCGUGCUGCGCUCUCGGUUCUACUCCUUCAUAAAGGUGUUCCUUUGGCUCUCUCUUGCCUUGCUCGCCUUCGAAGUUGCGGCGUACCUCAAAGGCUGGCAUUUGAGCGCGGCGGAGAUGCGGCGCCUGGUUCUUCCCUCGUCCUUCGGUCUCCCCGACCUCUUAGAUUUCUACGCUAGUUGGAUAACCUUCAGGGUAGACUAUAUCGCGCCGGCACUUCAGUUCCUUGCCGACGCCUGCAUCAUUCUCUUCCUCGUCCAGAGCGCCGACCGCCUAAUCCUCUGCCUUGGCUGCUUCUGGAUACGCUUCAAAGGCAUCAAGCCAGUUCCCAAGAGCGCCAUUGGAGACUCCAAGGAUCUCGAGUCCGCCAGUGGCGACUACCACCCCAUGGUUCUGGUCCAGAUACCAAUGUGCAACGAGAAAGAGGUGUAUCAGCAAUCGAUCGCUGCAGUGUGCAAUUUGGACUGGCCAAGGUCCAAAAUGCUGGUUCAGGUGUUGGACGACUCCAACGAUCCCGUGACGCAGGCUUUGAUCAGGGAGGAGGUGGAGAAGUGGAAGCAGAAUGGCGCCCCAAUCUUGUACCGACACCGAGUGCUUCGAGAUGGUUACAAGGCCGGCAAUCUCAAGUCAGCCAUGAAUUGUAGCUAUGUCGAGGAUUAUGAGUUCGUCACCAUCUUUGACGCUGACUUCCAACCAGCACCGGACUUCUUGAAGCGCACCGUGCCUCAUUUCAAGGGCAACGACCAGCUGGGAUUGGUACAGGCAAGAUGGUCCUUCGUGAAUAGAAGUGAGAACUUGCUAACCAGGCUUCAGAACAUUAACCUGUGCUUCCACUUUGAGGUGGAGCAGCAGGUGAACGGGGUGUUCCUGAACUUUUUUGGGUUCAAUGGAACUGCCGGAGUUUGGAGAAUUAAGGCGCUGGAGGAUUCAGGAGGGUGGAUGGAGAGGACCACCGUCGAGGACAUGGACAUUGCCGUGCGAGCUCAUCUGAAUGGAUGGAAGUUCAUCUACCUUAACGAUGUGGAGUGCCAAUGUGAGUUGCCGGAGUCCUACGAGGCUUACAGGAAACAGCAACAUCGGUGGCACUCCGGCCCGAUGCAGCUCUUCAGGCUUUGCUUGCCUGACAUUAUCAGAUCUAAGAUAGGAUUCUGGAAGAAAUCUAACUUGAUAUUUCUAUUCUUCCUGCUCCGGAAGCUCGUAUUACCUUUCUAUUCGUUCACUCUGUUCUGCAUCAUCCUCCCGUUAACCAUGUUCGUCCCAGAAGCACAGCUCCCUGCAUGGGUUAUCUGUUACAUCCCGGCAGCCAUGUCCUUACUCAACAUUCUCCCUGACCCCAAAUCCUUCCCUUUCAUCGUCCCUUACCUUCUUUUCGAGAACACAAUGUCCGUGACCAAGUUCAAUGCAAUGAUCUCAGGGCUCUUCCAGCUUGGGAGUGCCUAUGAGUGGGUGGUCACGAAGAAGUCUGGUCGGUCGUCUGAGGGUGAUCUCAUUUCUCUCACAAAGGAGCAGUUCAAGCAGCAACGAGGUUCCUCCAUGCCCAAUCUUGAAUCCUUAGUAAAGGAAGAUUUCGAGCCAAAAAAGGAGUCGUCGAAGCGCAAGCAUAACAGGAUUUACCGGAAGGAGUUGGCUCUUGCAUUCCUUCUCUUAACUGCAGCUGCUCGCAGCUUGCUGUCAGCCCAGGGAAUCCAUUUCUACUUCCUCCUGUUCCAAGGGAUCUCAUUUCUGCUGGUCGGUCUAGAUUUGAUAGGUGAACAGAUUGAUUGAGAAUCAUUCACUAAACUAGAUGCUUCUUCGACAUUCAUAAUUCCCUUUCAGGAGAGGUUCAAUUUAACACCUCUCCACCGAGAUGUAGAUAGUUACAGUCUGAAGUUGUUCAGUGUUGGAAUUCCUUAAGGCGCCAUUCAUUUCACCGCGAACAAUUGGUAGAUAAUAGAAUAAGCCCGUGUUCCCUUGUGAUUUCCAAAAUCAAGAAGUAGAAAGCUUUUGGAAUGGCAAUGCGGAUGUAAAAGCUUCCAGAUUACCUUUACAAGAAAUUUUGGUUUAACAAAGUGAAAUUAGUGAUUUA